AUGUCUCUCAUAUCAGCUUUUCGACCGCCGUCCACCCGCAUUUCUUCUUCUAUUAGGCGCAGGUCGCGACCCCGCCGUCGAAGAAAGACGACCAGAAAUGAGCAGGAACUUGAUUCUGAAGGGAAUACUCAUGACCCCGAUGCUCAUUCUAUCAUCACACCAUCAAAACACACCCCGAGACCCUUCAGAGUUCUACGGGGCUCGGUGGCAGCUGGUGGCCCUCUACGCCCAUUCCGCCUUGUGAAGCAAGAUAUCACUAACCUUCGCCGGCGAUAUGUGUCUGACUGGACUGUCUUUAACCAGUUAAUCUUUGCCAGUGCAGUAUACCUCUUCUUCACGAACCUUUUGCCUGGCAUCACCUUCGCCAGUGACUUGUAUGUCCUGACAGGUAAGAGCUGGGGUACGAUCGAAGUUGUCUUGAGCACUGGGCUCAAUGGUGUUAUCUUUUCACUAUUCUCGAUCCAGCCCCUCACCAUCCUUGGCGUAACAGGGCCUUUCUCUGUCUUGGCGGAGAACAUCUAUUCUCUUUGUAAAGAAGAUUUCCAGAUUCCCUUUCUGCCAUUCAUGGCCUGGUCCUUGAUCCACUCUGCUUGGCUACACUAUCUUCUAGCCAUCAUCAACGCUCACGAUUGGACAAUGCGCUAUGUAACAACAUUCGCAACAGAGAUCUUCUCGCUACUCAACAGUAUCAUUUAUUUCCACAAGGCAAUCCAAGAGCUUGAGCGAGCCCAUGAUAGUCUCUCCUUCGCUGCCUUUCUUUACGCCGUGAUUGGUGCUGUGGGUACCAUGCUCCUUGCUAUUUUUCUUUCCACUGCAGAGAGCUGGAAACCCUUGUUCCACCGUUAUAUUCGGCUAGGACUAACGGAAUACGCUGCCGCAAUCUCCAUCAUCAUCUUCAUUGGUUUGCCACACGUUGGUGAGCUAGCUACUCUGGAUAAGAUGACGCUUCCUGUGAGCACAUCCUUCCGGCCUACAUCUCCAGACCGAACUAUCUUCUUUGUGGAAUUCUGGAAAUUGCCCGUUUCAUGGAUCUUUGCUGCGAUUAUCCCAGGCUUGAUCAUCACUAUGCUGUUCUUUUUCGACCACGAGGUCAGCUCCAUUAUCUGUACAAUUGAUCGAUACGGUACACGCAAACCUGGUGGUUUUGCCUGGGAUAUUGUGUUACUCGGGACGACUACGGCUUUGUGCGGCAUCCUUGGUAUCCCACCAGCCAACGGCCUUCUCCCGCAGGCUCCCUUGCAUUCCGAAUCAUUGAUGCAUACCGAGAGAGAGGAGCAAAGCGUCAUCGUCGAUGGCGAAGAAAAGAUAGAGACACGUGAUGUGCGACGAGUCUACGAACAGCGCUGGUCAUCAUUUCUUCAUGCGGGAGCAAUCCUUCUCUUCGUCAGUCCGCCGUUCAUGAAAGUGCUUGGUUUGACUCCGACAAGCGUUCUCGCGGGACUGUUCAUGUUUAUGGGUGAACAGAGUCUGUCAGUCAACCCUAUACUAUACCGCACUUUCUACCUCCUUACUCCACCCUCAGAGCUUCCGCCACUACCACAGGCUCUACAUAAACCAAGCGAGACACCGAACAUCACCGAAACGCCAUCGCGCAACCCAUCCUACCUCCCAAUCCACCUCUACACCAUCCUCCAGAUCGUCAUAACAGUGAUCAUCUUCAUUCUCACCUUGACGCGCGGCGCCCCCGCCUUCCCAGUCCUUAUCAUCGCCCUCGUCCCAUUCCGUCUUUUGGUUAUGAAACGCUGGUGGCCUCGAGAAGUCCUUCGCUUCGUUGACGCAUGGGCCUGUCGUGAGGGUACACCGGAAGACGAUGAGGAUGCAGCGAAGAUCCAGGAUCAAGACGCACUAGGAAGUGAGCAAGUUGCAGUUGGGAUUUUGGAUGCAGAUUCUCCAAGUGCGGUUGUUCAAUCGAGUUCAAUUUCGAAAGAGCCCGGUAAGUCGCAGGCUGAUCUUGCGGAUCAAAGAAUUUGGGGUACGAGCAAUGGGGAUAUGAACAAUGAGUGGGUGGAGCUUCAGGAGCAUGGUGAUGAGGAGUUAGGCCGCGAUGAUAGGUACAAGAGAUCGUGA